UCCUCCAUUUUAUCCCAUUUUGAUACCAAAAAACCCUAGAAGAAGAGACUUAACAAUCCAAUUCUGUAAUAAUGGCGGAGCACUUAGCAUCGAUUUUCGGUACAGAGAAAGACAGGGUGAAUUGUCCAUUUUACUUUAAAAUUGGUGCAUGUAGACAUGGAGAUCGUUGUUCUAGACUUCAUACAAAGCCCAGUAUUAGCCCAACGCUUCUCCUUUCGAAUAUGUAUCAGAGGCCCGAUAUGAUUACUCCUGGUGUUGAUGUUCAUGGUCAGCCCAUUGAUCCUCGCAAAAUGCAGGAACAUUUUGAGGAUUUUUAUGAAGAUUUAUUUGAAGAACUGAACAAGUACGGAGAGAUUGAGAGCCUGAAUGUUUGUGACAAUCUGGCGGACCACAUGGUGGGCAAUGUCUAUGUUCAGUUUAGAGAAGAAGAGCAGGCUUCAAAUGCUCUUAAGAAUCUUACAGGGAGAUUCUAUGCUGGGAGGCCCAUCAUUGUUGAUUUCUCUCCUGUAACUGAUUUUCGUGAAGCCACCUGUAGACAGUACGAAGAGAACAGCUGCAACCGCGGUGGAUAUUGCAACUUUAUGCAUCUUAAGAGAAUCGGCAGGGAGCUAAGACGCCAGUUGUUUGGGCGGUAUAGGAGAAGGCACAGCCGAAGCCGAAGCAGAAGUCGAAGUCCUUACCGGCAUCGUAGCUAUGAAGAGCGCUCUCACAGGAGUCAUAGUUCAAAGUAUGAUGAUAGAGAUUAUUAUCAUGAAAGCCGGAGUAGGAGGCAUACUACAAGUCCUGGACAUAGGAGGGGUAGGAGCAGGAGCCCUCGUGGCAGGAGGGAUCGAAGUCCAACUCGGGAUAGUAGUGAAGAGAGGCGCGCAAGAAUAGAGCAGUGGAACAGGGAAAAAGAAGAGGCAGAACUUACUAACAAGACCAAUGCAGUUGGUAUUAGUUACAACGACGAAAGCAACGAGCAUGGAUAUGCACAAAAUGGUAAUGGGUAUAAUGAUCAGCAGCCAUCACAACAGGAUUAUGGAAACUAAUGGGUAUAUUCUGGAUAGGUGGUGCAGGUUUUCAAUUCUGUGCUAUCAAAUGUGAAAUUUCAACCCUUGUUUUAUGCUUUUCUGGUUCUCACAUGUUGUUCUGUGCAUCAUGCAUUUUAUCUGUCAUAUCGUUGCCCUUGUAACCUUUCUGCCACUUCUCCUGCCAAAAUUUUAUUUUGGUCGUCCUUCCUUUCCUUCAGUUCAUUACUUUGCCCUAUGAAGCUCUUUGCUUGUUCAUGUCUUUUGACAAACUUGUCCUUUUUUUUUUUUCACACGGUGACUAUACCUGCUUUGUGGCUGUCUGGAACAGUUUUUUGGUUAUUAACUCUGAUCUGUUGGGAGUUCAGUAAUAAGUAUUCUUCAAGGUCUAGGAGUAACGUUUCUGAUUUGACAUUAUAGUGGUCAUAAAUUAAAAUCACAUUAGAGUUCUGUAAUAUUUCUGGCCCAUUCUGAUUCUCACUAUCCAUCUUCAUUAUUAUGUGACGAGAAGAUGUUUUAUAUGGUUAUAUUAUUGGAAGAACAUUUUAAAAUUACAGAAUAAUAGUAUGAGCGUAGUAAGUCUACGUGUACCUCAUAGUAUACUGAUUAAUACUAAGUACUAACCAUAAUUUAUAUAUUUUUGUCAAAUACACAUAAUGAUAUUACUCUCUGAGUACUUGAGAUACUUAUUUGUUGUAGGUUCUUUCAGUCAGCCUAUCACUUAUAUGUGCUGUCACGCUACUGUAACCUUAUCCAGUUGAGUCAAUGCUCGUUCCCCAAUGUUAGUCCUGGAAGUGUCUGUACGUGAUUGUUACAUAAACGAAAUGUCUGAAUUGCUCAUAGAAUCGCCUAGUAGGAAAUACAUUGUAAAGUUUUACUUUUCAAGAGCUUUAUCUUUUCAAGAACUCGGUGUUUGAUUGAGCACGGAGUUUAGAAAAUAAAUAAGGACUAUUGGUAUAUACCAAAGGUACCCCUUAGAAAGGUGCCGGUCUUUCUGUAACAGACUAAAAUGAAAGAAGUGUUACAUCAAAUGGAACCAACAGAAUAAAUUAUUCUAAGCCUACCAUUUUCACCUUACACUUUUCCAUGAUUAUUAGGACUUUGCGGUCAGAUUGCCAUUGCCAUUGUAUAUCAUUGAAUUGACUCAGUUUGGUGCCAAUCUUAAAGUUUGUUUGUCCCGGGUCUUUUUCUAGGUUGUCCAUCCCAAGUGUUUCUUUCAUCUUCUUGGGGGUUGUCCUCUCUUUUUGAUUUUGGGGGCUGUCUAAGAAUGUCUUGUAAUGAGAACCGCAUGCAUCUAUAAUAUGUUAAAGUUAUCUUGCAAACGUGUUCUGCUUGUAUAUGCAGUCAGGUUCUUUGACCAGAGCACAUCCAGGCUAGUUGCUUUCCCAACUAUUCUUUGUUUUGAAAUUUGCUUAUGGAAGUUAGUCUUACAGGUUUUAUGAGUUUUGCAGGUCCAGGUUUCCCUGCAUAUAAGGACUAAGAGCAUGAUUUUAAUUACAACUUACCAUGAACUGUGUACAGGUGGUUGGAGCCGCCAACUCAAAGGAUUUGUCCCAACAGGUUUGCUUUAACAGGCAUUUGCAGGAAAGAGAUGGAAGAACUUUUAAAGGCUUCUCCUAAGUGAGACUAUUAUAAUUCUUCUUAUGUCUAAUUUUGGAGUAAUGCAGCUUAGAAAUAGGCCAUUGCGGGUAUUGCGUCGUCUAUAUGACUCUUGUUGGAUGUAGCUGUGGAUCUUGGUAAACUUGUUCUUUCUAGAAGACUUCUGUUAGCUUUGAUAAGUGUUGUUCGACUUGUUGGAGACACUCUUGAAGUUUUAGCAAUGUAGUUUGUAACUUUUUGUUUUUAGUAUCUUGAUGUUUAGUCGUUUCAUCUAUUUUACAAUGAUGCGGUCUAUUAUUAGUAA